AGAAUAAUCACGUUAUUGCUUCUUGCAUUCGAUCGUCUGGCAUUCUUCUCUGUGAAUCUCUAUUCUAAAAGUUUCCUCUCUCUCUCUUUGGUUGCAGUUUGCAUCGGUACCAAUGGCCGCCUCUCCGUUCCAUCCAACAAACAGCAUCACUAUAGGAAUCUUCGAGACCGGUACACCAACUGUACCUAUGUCGACGGUAACUUGGAGAUCACGUGGCUGCAGAAUGAGACAUUCGACCUCAGUUUCCUCCAGUAUAUACGAGAGGUUACCGGUUACGUGCUCAUCAGCCACGUGGACGUCAAGAAGGUUGUUCUGCCGCGAUUGCAGAUCAUACGGGGCAGAACUCUCUUCAAGCUUACCAUUCAUGACAUCGAGUUCGCCCUGUUUGUCACGAUGUGCCAAAUGCAGAACUUGGAGAUGCCGGCCCUCAGAGAUAUCCUCAACGGGAGCGUGGGCAUAUACAACAACUACAACCUGUGCCACAUCCAAAAGAUCAACUGGGACGAAAUAAUCACCGGGCCGAAUGCAACGUACUCUUACGUGUACAAUUUCACGUCGCCGGAACGCGCCUGUCCGCCAUGCGAUAAGAGCUGCGAGCAAGGCUGCUGGGGCGAGGGGCCUGAGAACUGUCAGAAGUACUCCAAGACAAACUGUUCGCCUCAGUGUUGGCAGGGCAGGUGCUUCGGGCCCAAUCCGCGCGAGUGUUGCCAUCUUUUUUGCGCCGGUGGCUGCACAGGCCCGAAACAGAGCGACUGCAUCGCAUGCAAGAACUUCUUCGACGACGGCGUAUGCACGCAGGAAUGUCCGCCCAUGCAGAAAUACAAUCCUACGACGUAUUCGUGGGAGCCGAAUCCCGACGGGAAGUACGCGUACGGUGCAACUUGCGUGAGAAGAUGUCCGGAACAUCUUCUGAAAGACAACGGGGCUUGCGUGAGAUCGUGUCCACCGAAGAAGAAGGCACUGAACGGAGAAUGCGUGCCCUGUGACGGACCUUGCCCGAAAACCUGCGAGGGCGUGGAGAAAGUGCAUUCUGGCAACAUCGACAGUUUCAAGGACUGCACCAUCAUCGAAGGAUCGAUCACGAUCCUCGACCAGAGCUUCCAGGGAUUCCAACACGUGUACCCGAACUUCAGUUUCGGCAAACGUUACGAGAAGAUGCAUCCGGACAAGCUGGAGGUGUUCAGCACGUUGAAGGAGAUCACCGGGUAUUUAAACAUUCAAGGGGAUCAUAAGGAUUUCAAGAAUCUGUCGUACUUCCGCAAUCUGGAGGUGAUAGGGGGAAGAAGCCUGACCGAUUACUUCGCGUCGUUGUACGUGGUGAAGACGUCGUUGGUCUCGUUUGGCCUCAGAUCGCUCAAGAAGAUCUACUCUGGAACGAUAGCUAUAUUGGAGAACAAGAACCUGUGCUACGCGCAGAGUAUCAAUUGGACCAACAUCAAGAAAUCGUCCGAGCAUGGGAGCUUGUUGUCGAAUAAUCGGAACGAAAGCGAGUGCAUAAAAGAUGGUUUAAUAUGCGACGAGCAAUGUUCCGACGAGGGUUGUUGGGGGCCUGGUCCGGCACAAUGUCUGUCCUGCAAGAACUUCAUCCUAGGGAACGACUGCGUCCAAGACUGCACCGCACCAGGAAUCUAUCGAGCGGAUGAAAAGACCUGCAAGGUGUGUCACGAGGAGUGCGCUGGCUCUUGCACGGGGCCGAACGCCGAGCAUUGCAAGAAAUGCAAACACGCGCGUGAUGGCCCAUACUGCGUGCCAGAGUGUCCAUCCUCCAAGUAUUAUGACAACGGUCUGUGCAAGAGCUGUCACGAGAAUUGCGUGGGUGGCUGCGACGGCCCUGAAAACAACAUAGGCCCUAACGGAUGUCACAGCUGCGAUAAGGCGAUCAUGAACGGUCACGUACCUAAAGGAUGUCUGCAGAAAAAGGAACCCUGCCCUGACGGAUACUACUAUGAAUGGGUGAGUCCUCAAGAGCAAGGAGCACUGAAACUACUAGCAGGCAAGGCCGUUUGCCGCAAAUGUCAUUCACGAUGCAAAAAGUGCACGGGAUACGGUUUUCACGAGCUCGUGUGCCAAGAAUGUACAAAAUACAAGAGGGGCGAACAGUGCGAAGACGAAUGUCCCGCGGAUCAUUUCACGGAUGCUGAUACUCAGCUCUGUAUACCGUGCGACAGCGAGUGUCGAGGAUGCUUCGGACCGGGGCCGAAUCAAUGUUACAAAUGUCGGAACUACAAGAUCUAUAUUGACGGAGAUAUAGAUGGGAACACCACGUCUUUCAAUUGCACGGAGACAUGUACCCCUGAGUAUCCGCACAAGAUCUUCAAUCCAGACAGCGAGCCAUAUUGUUCGCUGGAAACCGUCGGCUCUCUAGUGGAAAACGAACUUCAACCAGCCAUCUUGGCAGGCGUUGUGGUAUUUGCUUUAGCGUUCCUCAUAGUAGCAGCCAUAAUCAUGUACUUCUGGCGCGUACGAGCGAAAGCCAAGGAGAACACCGUGAAAAUGACGAUGGCCCUGACUGGCUUGGACGACAACGAACCACUCCGUCCGACUGGCGUGAAACCAAAUCUAGCGAAAUUGCGUAUCAUUAAGGAAGAAGAAAUGAGGAAAGGCGGUAUUCUAGGCUACGGUGCUUUCGGGAACGUUUACAAAGGUGUUUGGGUGCCAGAAGGAGAGAACGUGAAGAUUCCAGUGGCUAUAAAGGUUUUGCAAGGCAACGGCACAGGAGCGAACACGUCCAAGGAAUUUCUCGACGAGGCUUACAUCAUGGCUAGCGUGGAACAUCCGAAUCUACUUCAAUUGCUGGCCGUUUGCAUGACGUCGCAGAUGAUGUUGGUGACCCAGCUGAUGCCCCUUGGCUGUUUGCUCGAUUUCGUGCGUAGAUUUAAAGAUAAAAUCGGCUCGAAGGCGUUGCUAAAUUGGUGCACACAGAUCGCUCGAGGGAUGGCCUAUCUGGAAGAAAGAAGAUUGGUCCAUCGAGAUCUUGCCGCUCGAAACGUUCUGGUGCAAACGCCUAAUUGCGUGAAGAUUACCGAUUUCGGAUUGGCUAAGCUUCUGGACAUCAACGAGGAACAAUACAAGGCCGCCGGUGGAAAAAUGCCGAUCAAGUGGCUGGCCUUGGAAUGUAUUCAACAUCGAGUGUUCACCCACAAGUCGGACGUUUGGGCCUUCGGUGUGACGAUCUGGGAGGUUCUUACUUACGGCGGUAGACCGUACGAGAACGUGCCCGCUCGAAACGUACCGGAAUUAUUGGAGAAAGGUGAAAGAUUACCUCAGCCGGCAAUUUGCACAAUCGACGUAUAUAUGAUUAUGAUUAAGUGUUGGAUGUUGGACGCUGAGUCGAGGCCCAGCUUCAAAGAACUGGCCGAAGACUUCGCCAAAAUGUCUAGAGAUCCUGGUCGAUAUCUUGCUAUCAAGGGCGACAAAUAUAUGAGGCUACCUUCGUAUACACUACAGGACGAAAAAGAGAUGAUACGAAAUCUCGCGUCAGCUAUGGACGGACCCGAGGCUUUGGUAGACGCUGACGAGUAUCUACAACCAAAAUCUAGGGCUCCUAUUCCGCCAGGACUUUCAGCAUCCAGUACUUCCGGCUCUCCGCCAAACACACCCGUGAAAGCUUGUUGGCCAAAUGGAAAACCGUUGGCCACUGAUUCACCCACGCCUCAGAACCAACAAAAUCUAGACCGAGAGUUGUUGAGGUACGGCGCGAAUCAUAGAAAUGGGAACAUAUCGCACGAACCAGGAAAUUCCGGUCAACACGGGCAUUACGCGCCUCCGAACGGUCAUUGCGGGCAUAUCAGUGGCUCGGACACCACUAGUUCGAGAUAUUGUUCGGACCCGUUGAAAAUGAUCGUUGUCAGAGACUGCGACGUGACAGACGAUUGUUUCGACGGCGAAAUAAACUCUGCGCACCAGCAAGCCCAAGUAGGUAAUCUGAAGCUCGACUUGCCAUUAGACGAAGAUGAUUACUUGAUGCCAUCGCCACAAUUGCCAACAAAUACCACGCAGUACAUGGAUCUCAUAGGGGACUCGAAACCGACGGAAAUGGAACCAAAGCGAGUGAACAACGGUUAUCGAAAGUAUCCCGAAUUCCUAACUAUCCAAGGGAAGACGUCGUUGGAUAAUCCCGAGUACAUAAUGUCGCAGGACGAAGGGCCACUAACGCCGCAAACUUUAGGUAUCCCAACGCCUGACCUGGAAAAGGUUCUAACGAACGGAACGUUCGGCUCUCAAGUGAGGCAAAGGAGCUCGGAAGAAGAAUCUGAUCACGAGUACUACAACGACUUCGAUCGUUUGGAACGAGAAUUACAACCGCUGAAACCCCUCAGGAAGAACGAGACGACCGUUUGACUUCGAGAUCCUUGAGAAAAUACGGACUGGUUCUAGUUAGAAUUCGGAAAACCGGAUGUCGUUCGUCGCACGAAGAUACAAUUUCGAACGCAAACAAGUCCGGCUCCUCGUGCUGCUCGAGGAAACUUCACAGUGUACUUAGAAAGGACACUUCGCUGCAAAAGUGCCGUGCUUUAUUGUGAUUAGACGUAAAAACGUGUGAAGCCUGUGCUAAUUUCUCUUCUCAGCAAUCUGACUGUUGUCAAGGAAUUAAAAAAAAAGAAAAAGAAAAAAAAGGAACUCACGUGUCUCACGCGCCAUGAACUGUAAAAUCCGUCGACGAGUGCGCGUACGAUAAACAAGUAGUGCAAAGAUAAUCUUAAUGUGCCAUUUACCGUGGCUUGUAAAUAAAAAAAAAAAAAAAAAAGAAGAAGAAGAAGAAAAGUACUGUUUACUAUUUCUGUAAGGCUAUUACAAGUUGUAGGGAAACGACGUGAAGUAAAUGGCAUAAACAAUCCUAUCUCUGUCUCCGACAUUUAAACAUACUAUCCUUCACAGUCCACCUUCAACGUGUUCUUUUAUUUCGUUGAUUUGUUUGACACAUUCGCGCCUGUUAGAAAACUUUUAUACAAAAGUAUGCGAACGUAGACUCUUUUGCUUCUCAAAAUUAAAUCCCUGUAAAUUCGAUCGACGGUCGCGAGGAUCUCCGUUUUACGUGAUCGGGCACGAAUCACAAGAUGUCAAAAAUUGCGCGCGGGGCAAGUUCAGAAAUUACCGACUACAUUCAACGAAAAAUUUAAACCGCUUCGUGACGCAGAACAUCUGCGCGAUUCGCCCCUUGACUGUGAUAAAAAAAUAUAAUUAUUGUUACUAGAGGACACUUAACGAUCACAUACAUCUCAAUCAUUUAUAGAUCUAUUCUUGCUUCCCUUCUUUUUAUACAUUGCAGUAAGCUACGACAGUACAACGAAUUGUCCUAAUUUACUGCCUUAAUAGUAAUAACAUUUCCGAAUCGUGACGUAAAGAUCGAUCGAAUUCCAGGGAUUUACCUAAGCGAAAUCGAACGAAACAGACUCGAGAAAGACUUUUCUUUCAAAAGAAAAAAACGUCCAAGAUAUCUGUCGUUUCCCAGGAUUGUCGUCACCUCUACGGCUCUACUUAAAACGACACCCUAUAUUUUUUUAUGCCAUCGCCUUUUUGUACAUGGGACCAAUGAAAUUGGCCUCGGCCACAGCACACGGAAGUAUCUCGAUUUCUUUCUUUUUUAAUGUAGGAACGCGUCUGUGUACAUAGAUUAGUGAUUAGCGCGUAAGAUAUUCUACGUACGCGCGUAGAAUACGGAAAGUACUUGAGUAAAAUAAGUAAUCUGUAUCUGUUUUUCUUUUCGAGUAAUCACGCGGACGAAAAAAGAAAACGGACGUGUGAAAUAAUGAAAUAAUGAAAAGCGUAGCGCCGGUAUGCGAAUUAUACAGGAUUGCGCUGUGCCGCGUAAUCAAUAGGAUUAGGACGUGCCAUGUUGUGUACAGGAAACGCGCGAGAGAGAAAAAAUAAAAAUAAAAGUAUGACGAACGCGUUUCGUUGUCGGGGAAUUCGUGACACGUGUUCGUGUUAAGUUGAAAUUUAAAAAAGAAAAUGUAAAUCGGAAAAUUAUUCGUGCUUAUUGCAUUUGAUUAGCCAGGAGAAGCGUGCAUGAGUGUGUGCACGAAACUUACGAUCGUGAUGAUGAAUUAAAAAUCAAAUUCUCAACGAUGUUCGAGCUUCUGUGAUAAAACGGGAUCGAGUUACAGAAAUAAAAAUCAUUUAAUAUAAUGUAAAAUAUACUUUUAGCAAGCUUUUACAAUCGUACGAAUUUCAAAUCUUGUUGCACGCGAAAUGCAUGCUUUUACCUUUAAGGAUGAUAAGCCAAUGCGUGUCAUGUACAUUGCGUUAAUCGUUAUUAAUGGUUACGUUAUUGAUUUCUCUUCUGUAAUAUAUUAUAUGUGUAUCAAUGAUUGCAUUGCCGAGUAGAUCGACGUGUACCUCGAGAAACACAUACACGUUCAUUUUCGACAUAUUCUUGUUGAAAAAAAAAAAAAAAAAUGAAGAACAAAAAAACAUGUCUUUCUGUAUGCUUUGCCUCAUGUUGUCCCCGUCUGUAUGAUUCUGUGUAAAAUCGGCAAUGAGAAAACCGCGUGUCUGAAUUUGAAAUUGUAUAAUACCGUUCGAUAGCCGGGAUAAAAUAACUGCGAUGAAUUGCAUUUGCCAUUCGGUUGUGGACAUAGAACUUAUAAAACUUUAUAAUAACUUUAUAUAUCGUAAAAAAAUUAUUGUAAUAAAGAAUCAUCAUCAUUCUUA